CCGAGACCGCGGCACCGCCCGCUCGCGCAGACCCCGAGCGUGGCCGCAGCGAAGAUGGCGACUGCCAUGUACUUGGAGCACUAUCUGGACAGCAUUGAGAACCUUCCCUGUGAGCUUCAGAGGAACUUCCAGCUGAUGCGAGAGCUAGACCAGAGAACAGAAGAUAAGAAAGCAGAGAUCGACAUCCUGGCUGCAGAGUAUAUCUCCACAGUGAAGACUCUUUCGUCAGCCCAGCGUGUGGAGCACCUGCAGAAGAUCCAGAGCGCCUACAGCAAGUGCAAGGAGUACAGCGAUGACAAGGUGCAGCUGGCCAUGCAGACCUACGAGAUGGUGGAUAAACAUAUCCGAAGACUGGAUGCUGACCUGGCACGCUUUGAGGCAGACCUGAAGGACAGGAUGGACGGAAGUGACUUUGAAAGCACUGGAUCUCGGAGCUUGAAAAAAGGUCGGAGUCAGAAAGAAAAAAGAAGCUCUCGGGGCCGAGGCAGGAGGACAUCAGAAGAGGAUACCCCCAAGAAAAAGAAGCAUAAAAGCGGGUCUGAGUUUAACGACAGUAUCCUAUCUGUGCACCCCUCUGAUGUGCUGGACAUGCCUGUGGAUCCGAAUGAGCCUACAUACUGCUUGUGCCACCAGGUGUCCUACGGGGAGAUGAUCGGCUGUGACAAUCCGGAUUGUCCCAUUGAAUGGUUUCACUUUGCCUGCGUGGAUCUCACCACAAAGCCCAAAGGAAAGUGGUUUUGUCCCCGAUGUGUUCAGGAAAAAAGGAAGAAGAAGUAGAGAAGAGGCCGUUGUCCGGACUGAAGAGCGAGCUAAUAUAUUCUUCACUCAUGUUGCAAUAUUAUCUUUCAUUUUAAAACUACCUUUUUUCGACUGAUAUUUAAUAAUUCAGUGGCCAGUUGUGCUUGUGGAUAUUUCCUAAAACAAGAAGCCACUGCACCGUUUGCACAGAACAGUCUCACAGGGACUUGCCACGGUGACUUUAGGAGCAGGCUCCCCUAUCCCGCAACCUCCCACACUGAGCAUGGCCACACCACCAGUGAUGUGGGUCAGUUUGGGCUGUAGGCACAGUGCAUGGUGCAGGCUGGACGCAUUUUAACCUGUUACACUGCCACUGCUUUGUGACUAGAGGGUCGGCCUUGAGUGCCCGCGGUUUCCAGAGCUGUCUGUGGCAGCAUGGAAGCACAGCUGUUGCUCUGAGUAAAGUACUACCAGGCACCGCCCUAUGCUGUGCUCUGACCCCGACUGGAGACCGGGGACUCUUGGCUAAGAUACCUGUGAUGUAUCUGGAAGGGACCGGGGGCGCUUCCCAGGCGGAGGUGCCCUCCGUUGUCUUAAUGCACCACCUUCUCCUGUGAACUUGCAGCCCUCCCUGGAGAGUGAGCUUCCAUUAGCCUCGGACUGUCAGUUCCCACAACCAGCACUGCCCGACAGCGGACAGACAGACAGCCAGGCUGCGCCUCCACCUCUCUGGGGAUUCCCGCCUUUUUCUACUGUGAAGAUGAAAUUAUUACACUAGCAUGAAGGUCA